CAACCCACAACCCCAGGAAUUGAGGAGGAGUGAACCAGGACCCGAGGCCGGCCCCACCCCUUCCCAUGCCCCAGAAGAGGCUCCCCUAUAUCCGCCCUGCUCCCCAGCUCUCUGCAUCCCAGAAAGGGGCAUCUAAGACGCCCCAGCGGGCAGGUGGGGCAGGGCCUGGAGUCUCAGCCUGAACCGGACACUGCCCGCCCUAGCACAGCUGCCUCGACCCCAUCUGGCUUUCCUGAGCUACUGGCUGCCAGCCUGCUCUCUGGGGGGGCCCUGCCCUCUCCCGAUCCAGGUCCCAUUCCGGCCUUGACAAUGACCCUGGCGGCUUCCUCUCAGCGCUCCCAAAUCAUCCGGUCCAAGUUCCGAUCUGUCCUCCAGCUGCGACUCCACAGACGGAAUCAGGACCUGACCUCAGAUCCGGAUCCAUGGAUCUCAGCCCCAGGCCCAGCUCUGGCUCCAGCCUUGCCCUCCACCCCAGCCCCUUUCCUCUUCAGCCCUGGAGUCCUGCUUCCUGAGCUGCAGCACUGCCCGUGGCAGUGCCCACAGCAGGAGUCACCCAAGGUUUCCCAACGCUGGAGGGCGUCCAAGCCCCAGGGGACCUUGACCUACCACCAGUACAGGCCCCAGGAGCCAGGCCGGAGCACCAGGGCAGAGCCCCCAGGCAGGCCACCUCCUAGGACGAAGCCUGUGCCCCUCAUUCCCUCCCCACCAGGAGACCACAGCCCCUCGUCCCCACCACACAAGUUGGAACUUCAGACCCUUAAACUGGAAGAGCUGACGGUCUCAGAGCUCCGACAGCAGCUGCGCCUGAGGGGCCUCCCGGUGUCCGGGACCAAGUCGAUGCUUCUGGAGCGCAUGCGCGGCGGCGCCCCGCCCCGCGAACGGCCGAAGCCGAGACGGGAAGACAAUGCGGCGGUCGCUCCCUGGCCACGCCUCAGACCCAAAACCCUGGGAAUCGGCCGGCGGCAGGGCGGGGUCAAGUUAAAUCCUGCGCCCUCCCGGCCACCUCGUCCACGAUCUGCGGAUGCCCUGGUAGUAGCCCCGCCACCUGUUCCAACUCAGGCUCCAGCUCCGGUCCUAACGCCUUCCUCAGCACCAGCCUUAGCCUCCAGGACUCUGGAGGAGGAGCUGCAGGAAGCGAUCCGGAGGGCACAGAUGCUUCCGAGCCGGGGUAUUGAUGACAUCCUGAAGGACGAGGUGGAGCCUGAUGACCUGCUGCCCCCCAUCCCCCUGGACUUCCCCGGGUCCUUCGACGUCCUGUCCCCCUCUGCUGACUCCGAAGGCCUCUCCUCUGUCUUCUCGUCUUCGAUCCCAUCCCUAGCGAAUUCCCCCUCCUCCUCUCCUGAGGGACCCACAGAAGCCUUAGACUGGCUCGAGGCCCUGAGCGGAGGUCCUCCCCUGGGCUCUGGCCCCCCAGGCCCCAGCAUCUUCUGUGCUGACUUAUCUGAUUCCGGUGGCGCUCAGGUGUGGGACCUGCUGGAGGAUCCGUGGUGAUGGAUUCUGGGGUAUCCAAGGCCUGAGAACUGGUGGAGGGGGUGGCCACAGAGACUCCCCUGGGGUAUGGAGCAACCAACAGAGCCCCUCCUGCGACAGACACAGAAUCAAAGACAACCCAUGUCCCUUCAUGUCCCAGAGCUGCUGCCACCACCCAGACCACAACCUGGACUUUGUCUGCUUGGCCUGUGUGUGACUUGCCUGUCCCCAAGGCUGUGCAGGUGGGGUGGGGGUUUGAGUGCUGCUGGCUGGGCCAACAUGCUGCUUGCUGCUUCCUUU